UGAAACUGAGUUCUAAAACAAACGAGUGUUAACAAACUGUAUUCGAAAAAGUGUGUGAGUGAAAUCAAAGUGUAGCGUUGGCUAUUCGAGCCGUUUAUAACCUCGAAUAUUUUCUCAGUGCAGUACAUUGAAAAAUAAUCGCAGUGAAUACGCGUAUUAGUCACAGAAGUGAUGGAUAUCAACAGUGACGUAGUUAGGGUAAAAGAAGAGCCGAGAGAUACAUGGACAAAUGCAGGUGGCGAUUAUGUUCUCGAUUCGAUGGACUCUUGCAAGACCGUCAAAAUUGAAACUUUCCCGUUUCCUGAAUUACCUGAAGCAAAUCAAUCGAAUCAGACUAUGGCGCUACAGAAAAGUUUCGAUAAAAAAAUAUUCAUUGAUUUCGAGUGCAAGUACGUUAAACAUGAACUGCCGUCUACAUCUGCAGCUACCGGCUGCAAAAUUGAGUAUGAAAGUGGCCUACCUAACGUGAAAAUAGAAAAAGAACAUCAGACCAAGGGCAUAAGAGAACUCAAAUCUCACAUGACUUCGGUUCAUAUUCGUAGCAAACCCUACGAAUGUGAAAUUUGUCAUAAGUCAUACUGCCGCAAGGAUACCCUCAAAUCUCACAUAAAUGUAGUACAUGUUCGUAGCAAACUAUUUGAAUGUGAUAUUUGUCAUAAAUCAUUUGGACAGAAAGGUAACCUCAAUAAACAUAGCAUUUGCAGAAAAGGGUACUCUCAAAAAACACAUAAUAACAGUCCAUAA